AUGGAUGAAGGAUCGUACAGAGAUCUCGACCGGGGAUACGAAGAUCUUCACUGCUGCCCGAUAUGCGGUGUUAGAGUUGGUCCCGAGGGAGAACGCCCCGAAGACCGCCCGGCACUUUGGGCACACAAGUAUCGAGCAUGUGCGUACUACCAGCUACAGCUGAGCAUGUAUAUGGAUGAGUUCGCCCGCCUCAGACUGACCGAAGAGUGCAAGUUCAUUGGCCCGGAACCCGCACACUUCUACCACAUACACCCUGUCUCAGACACUGCUUUCCGGGUUAACGAGCACCUCGAGGCUCUUGGAGUCGCUAACCAACCUGCCUACAACAAUCGAAGGGGAUUCGUCUUCCAUGCCCACUGCUGGUGCAUUCUGAGCAUGGCCAACGGCCCGUCGCCGAUCCCCCUUCGGAGACUGUUCGAUGUCUGCUCCUCUCUUCACAUAGUCGGCAAUACCCUCCACUGGGGCCAUGACUAUCAAGGGUUGCCCGGGUUCUCCGUCUCUGACAACUCUGGCGAUGCACCGGCUCACGGGCUUGACGUGUCAAGACAGAGAGAUUAUAUUGUUGCGUGUGACCCUAUCCACGACUACCCUGCCGUGCUCUUCGGUCGUUAUCCCGACGUCCCACCUGCUUGGCCUGCCCGCGCCAUAUCCAACUGUCGAAGAAACAGCGACGCGCAGGAUCCCUUCUCUCGCCUCCCGAUGGAGCUGAUUCUCAUCAUCGCGGCACACGUCGAAACCACGGACGUCUUGAAGAUGCGGCUGGCGACCAGGGAAUUCUGGCCGCUCCUCCACGACGAAGCCUUUUGGAAGACGAGAUUCGGCCCGGGGAGCGAGCGCGCCUGGCUCUUCAGCGUCUACCACGACUCAGAACACUCCUGGCUGUUCAACUCCUUCAGCGAGCCUGAACACCAGCGCUGGCUGGAGUACGGAGCGUGGCAGCCUGAAGACUGGAGGUCUCUGUGGCGGCAGACACGCCCGGAACGACUAGGCCCGGAUCUCAACAAUCUGCAAAGAGUGUGGGAGCUGGCGGAGGCCAUCCUCCUUAUUCUGCGCAUGCGACCGGGUCCGACAGAGAAUCACUCCCCUCUGCCUGAGAAAGCCGAUGUGGGCUACUGGCUGAGAUACCACGGAGAGAUCCAGGAGCUUGUCGCGAGGGCCAUACAGACCGGAGAUGCGUACCGCUUCACGCGUGGCUGCCGGGAGCUCUACUGCAUCCACAGCGAGGUGAGCAAGAGCAUGUGCCGGCUCACCUUUUACUUCGUGGACAUGGCCGGCUCGCGAUAUCUGGCGGGGCUGAAGAUGACCGAUCGUUCUGGGGCCGAGCGGCUCAUGGGCUACGAGUCGUCGACCGCCGUGGAGUUCUGCCCGUACAACUUGGGCCGCACCUUUAGAGGGUUCACUGCUGGGUCGAACUUGAGGGGGAUCGUGGGUGUCCGCGUUCACUGGAGCACACACGUGUCGGAAUGGAUUGGGGAGGCUGUUGAAGGUGGCAGAGCCCGGAAGAUCUGGGUAUCCAGGAGAGUGAGAUAUAUGGAGGUUGGGUUUGAUGGAUUCAAGAUUGUGAAGAUGCGCGUGCAUUACCCUGGAACGACCGUCAUCGACUCGGAGAAAGAAGCGGAGAAAUAUGCAAGAUGGAAGGCACGCUUCGUCGAUUGA